CGUGUGGGAGGACAAAGACAGGAGAGGCGCGUCUGAGGUGCGCAACAAAGACAAGUCCGGGUGCCACCAUUCAUCGUCUGGCUUUGUCCCUCUGCGCAGACCUACUUAAAAGCAACCUGGACUAUGAUCACCAUCCACUGCAUCCAUUCCCGCUUCUCCUUCCGUGAUGAAUGGACUAGGCUAUCUUACUUCUUACCAAUCUGGUGCGAGCCAGCUUGUCCCUGCGAAUGCCUCGAUAUCUUUCACGAAUCAUUCGGCACCAGCAUAUGGAGCAGCCAUGAAUGUUCAGAUUCAUCGCAGAAUGCAAGAUUUCAGUGGGAUUCAAAUGCCUACUCCAUCUAUGCCUCCCGAAACACCUUCAACCUCAUGGUCGCCUUCAGGCUGGAGCGCGCCAUCGGGACAAACCAGCCGCCCAUGCCACCGUGGCCAUGGAAGGUGCAGGUGGCAAUUCUCCUACCCUAUCUGAAUGAUGAUCGCUGACCGCGAAGAAUCACCGUUCCAACCGCAAUUGCAAGGAUCUUGCCCGCGUGCACGGAAACUCAGCAUAUAUCAGAAAGAGAC